UUAGUGAGAUAACGCGGGUGUGACGGAAUCGUUGAGUUUUGUUUAGCUGUAGUCCACAUUUCAGUUUCACCAUGGACGAGUUGGGGGCUCGCGAACGGCACAUUAACUUUGUUUCCAAUCACAAUGGCAGUUUUCCGUCGGACAUUAUUCUUUCCACACUGCCGGCCCCGCUUUCAGUUGCUUUGACUUCGGUAGUCUUACCUUUACUUUUACCCACUCGAUAUGUUUUGUUGCAGUAUUCCUCACGAAUAUGGAUUCACUUGCUGAUUGAGACAUUGACAGUCGUGUGCCCUGUUUUACUAUCAUUUACGCUGUUGUCUUCCUCAACAGUGCUGAAUCCUAUAGUUUUGUUGCUUCUCAUCACAGGGUUGAUGAUCUGUUCACCUAAAUGGUGGAAUCCAAGCAUUCCAGUCUUGAACCGCUUAUUCUCUUUUCCUCUCCCAGGGAAAAAGCCUUCAUUCCUAACCAACUAUCGUGCUGGUAUGAAUUUGGCCACUGCCAUCUGUAUAUUGGCAGUAGAUUUCUCAAUAUUCCCACGAAGAUUUGCCAAGACAGAAACCUAUGGCUAUAGUUUAAUGGAUGUUGGUGUAGGUUCAUUUGUUAUUGCUAAUGGCUUAUUGGGAUCUAGUCAAAACCAGGCAGCUAAAGCCUGGUCCAAAUCAUUCCCAUUACUACUCCUCGGCAUACUCCGACUAAUGACAGUCAAGCUGUCUAACUACCAUGAACAUGUCACUGAGUACGGCGUUCAUUGGAACUUCUUUUUUACCUUGGCUGUUGUGAAAAUCGUUCCAUCUCUAAUGAAAACAAAUCUUCGACCGAUCGUGGUUUCGUUCGCCCUUUUGGCAAUUUACGAGAUCGGCCUGAAACUUGGACUGGAGACGUGGAUCUUAAGCGACUACCCCAGAAACAAUUUGAUCUCAGCAAAUCGCGAAGGCAUUUUUUCUUUAUUGGGUUAUAUGGCCCUCUAUUACGCCUCUUGCGAAUUAGGUGACUACAUUAAAAUCCCUAGAACACUGUUCAAGGAAUGGCUUCGUUUGUUGAUGGUUCUUACCUGUCUUUCGCUCCUGGGUUGGAUUUGUCUUCACUGCUGUGAGUCCCUAGUAGGUAUACCUUCUCGAAGGUUAGCCAACACGUCAUUCUGGCUAUGGAUGUUGACUUACAACUUGAUAAUCAUGGCAACAUACUUGCUGGUCGAUUUGCUGCUCGUGACCUUCGACGUACAACGAGAAAUCGAUAAUGCUAUCGAUACCUCAUCAUUACCCGUAUUCCGCGAACCUUACCUCCUGAGAUUUAUUAACUAUAACGGCCUGACUUUCUUCCUACUGGCUAAUCUUCUGACGGGCCUAGUCAAUAUGACGUUUGACACGAUUCACAUGGCGCCGUUGGCAUCAUUUGUACUCCUCUUCAGUUAUUGCACUGUGCUCUGCCUUUGCGUGGCCGGCAUGUAUUUGUGGCGUAUGCGAAUUUGAUUUCGUUGUUUAUUCUUGUUGUGUACAUUUCCAAUACAGAUGAAAGGCGUUGACGAUUUCCAGGCAAUGCCCCUGGUA